GUCAUGUUCUGGUACCACAGUCACUCGCUUUACUGCAAACAUGACUGGUAUCCUGCUGAAGACCUGCCUGCUGGGGGCCCUGGCCCUACUGCACUCAACUACAGUGUCAGCAGACAUACCGAAUCCUUGUGCAUCAACUGGCAUGAGUCCCUACGACUACAGCCAGGCACUGUGCAUGUCGUAUGUAUUCUACGAGGCUCAGCGGUCAGGCAAGCUCCCUGGAGAUCAGCGCGUCACUUGGCGUGGCGACUCAGCUCUUAAUGAUGGCUCUGAUGUGGGUCAUGACCUGACUGGUGGCUACUACGAUGCUGGUGAUCAUGUGAAGUUUGGAUUCCCGAUGGCUUUCACGGCAACCAUGCUGGCUUGGGGGCAAAUUGACUUUGCAAAUGGACACAGCAAAGCUGGGCAGACAUCAUAUGGUCAUGCUGCUCUCAAAUGGGCCACUGAUUACUUCCUCAAAGCUCACACUGCCACUAACGAAUUCUACGGUCAGGUGGGCGAAGGGAACACAGAUCACGCUUACUGGGGACGUCCUGAGGAUAUGACCAUGUCUCGACCUUCUUAUAAGAUUGACCAAUCACGUCCAGGAAGUGACUUGGCCGGUGAGACAGCCGCUGCUCUGGCUGCAGCAUCCAUUGUUUUCAAGAGUUCGGACUCGUCCUACUCAUCCCAAGUCCUGAGCGUAGCCAAGGAACUUUACGAAUUCGCCGACCAACACCGCGAUAUCUACACAAAUGCUAUCACAGAUGCCGCUAGCUUCUACAACUCGUGGAGUGGGUAUGGUGACGAGCUGGCCUGGGCCGCACUGUGGCUAGCAAGGGCAACUGGAGACAACUCCUACCUUGACCGAGCCAAGGGACAUGUCAGUGAGUUCAACCUACUUGGAACUCCAAGUCAAUUUGGUUGGGAUGACAAGAAAGCUGGAGUACAGGCACUCCUCGUACUGUUGGACGGAUCAUCCGAGUACACAAAUGCUUUGAACCAGUUCCUGAACUUUGUGAGGAACCAAGCACCUUACACGCCUGAAGGCUUGGUAUUCUUGGACGCCUGGGGCUCCAACCGUCACGCAGCUAAUGUUGCAUUCAUCGCCCUCUAUGCGGCCAAGCUGGGUAUUGACGCAGGAACCAACCAACAGUGGGCCAGGGGACAGAUAGGUCAGCUCCUGGGAGACAACUCAAGAUAUCAAUCCUUCGUUGUUGGCUUUGGUGUUAACCCUCCUACCAGACCUCACCACCGUUCCAGCUCGUGCCCCGACAGGCCAGCUGACUGCUCCAACGGUCUCACAAACUCCGGACCAAACCCACAAACCCUCUGGGGCGCCCUUGUUGGUGGACCAGCUCAGGUUAGUCACCGGAAAAUUAUGUGAUUACCUUCAUACCAGUUACUGCCAUUUGUUUCAU